UCCUAAAUAUAAACACACCCUCCAAAGUAAACCAACUUUCAUGGCGUUUCUAUACCUUUUCCACCUCUCCUCUCCUCUUCUUCCUUCUCCUUCUUUUCCUUUCACAAAGCUAACAAAAUGAUAUCAUAGAACCAAAGCUUCAGCUGCAGAUAGAGCUUUUGCUCCUCAUAUCACCAUCAUCAUCAUCACUUCUUCUUCUUCUGAAGCAGAAAGAACCCAAGAAUUGUUGUUGAAUUCUAGACAUGUUUGACAUCUUGUUCGGAUGGAGAAAAGCUACAAAAUGCAAGAAACUGAUCAACCAAGUUCGGUGCCGGCUAAAGCUGCUGAAGAACAAGAGGAAUUCAAUUGUGAGGCAAUUACGUGAAGAUUUGUCUCAGCUGAUCAAAAUUGGCCAUGAUCAUAUUGCUUUUAACCGGGUUGAGCAGCUCACCAAAGAUGAAAGCAUAGUAGCAGUGUAUGAAUUGUUGGACCAUUUCUGUGAAUUCAUCCUCAUCCAUCUUUCUUAUAUCCGAAGACACAAGGACUGUCCAAAUGAUAUAAAUGAAGCAGUUUCAACUCUUAUAUAUGCUUCUGCAAGAUGUGGUGAACUGCCUGAGCUUCUGGUGAUCCGGAAGCUCUUCGGCGAACGUUAUGGUCAGAGAUUUGCAAUGACCGCUGUUGAACUAUUCCCUGGCAAUCUUGUGAAUCGCGAGAUAAAAGAGAAACUCUCCAUGAAUUCAGUACCAGAAGACGUGAAGAACAGAUUGGUGGAUGAAAUAGCUAGGCAGUGCUGCCUGGAACCGGGGGUUUUAGCACUUGAUUACUACCCUGGAUGGCAAAACCAGCAGGUCAAAGAAGAUGUUCAAACUUGCUGCAACACAUCCAAAGGAUCUGAAAUGCAAGCUUCAAGUGUGGAGGAGGUGGAAAGAAAUGUCAUGUAUGUUGAUUCAAUAUCAACUAACAAGAACAUUUUGAUAGAGCUAUGCAACUCUCUCGGCCACCAAGAUUCUGAUAUAACUAGUACUUUUAGUGGUUCUUCUAUUGUUCAGCAAUCAUCUCUAAAUGCAGAAGAACCUUCUCCUAUGCAUGUAAAAACACAGAAAGUAGAAAAAGCCAAGCUGAAUUCUCCAUAUAAAUACACAGUUUCUGGCUUGGAACACAAGAAAGUCAGAAAGAUUACAGCAUCUUCUUCAGAGAGUUUGCCUCAGUUUUCUGAGGAAACGAUAGUUUAUCUUGAUGACAUAGAGGAGUUUCAGUCUUUCAAGGAAAAUGAUGGAGAUUGUCAAGACCAAAGACUAUUUAAGUUCAAAUCAUCUGUCCUGCCUAAGAGUGAAAAAAUUGGAAUCAUCUAUGACCAAGGUAAUAUGGAGGAUCAUUGUGAAUCCUGGAGUGAGAAGUCUGGCUCAAGGAGCUCUAGAAAGAGUGGGAAUAAUGCAUCUGGGAAAAGAUUCAGGAGGAUGUCAAUGUCUAGGGAAAAUGAAAGCUUGAAUGAUGUUGAAUGUUCAAUAUAUUAUGAAAAGCCAUCCAAGAGUUCCCCAACUCAUCAACCUAGAAAGCACCAGAAGAAGACUCCAGGAGUAGGAAGGCAACAUUCAUAUCAUGCCCAGAAGAGGCUGAAGAAACCUUGCUUGUUGGACUUGGGAACUAACUUCCAGUCAUGUCACUGCAGCAGCGUGAGACAUCCAUUUUAUUUUUGCACCUCUGAUGACAAACACAGCCAGCAAGUUCUACCAUGGAAGCAAAAGACAGGGAUAACAACUUUGGUGAGCUUCCCAACUCCUGGUAAUGGAGUUGGAGAAUCAGACAAGGAAAUGGAAUGGACAGACAUCCCUCAGAAACCUAGGAGAAGUUACGACAAUGGUGCUACUGUGUACAACGUUUUUACCUAUCCAAAUUGGCAGCCUGAUGAGCAGAAGAAGAAGGAAGGGGAGGGAAAGGGCAAAGCAGAGAAAUCUGAUUCACCAGGCAGCUGUGUUUGUUCUAAGGUUUCCUGCCAAAGGGUGACUAGUUCUUUUACAAGAGCUGAGACAAUGCCCCCGGAAAGGGCUAAAGAAAAUGUCAAGGAAGCCAUGUCACGGUCCAAUUCCUGCCCUUUUCAAUAUCCCAAACAUGUUCAUCCCAAGUUGCCUGACUAUGAUGAUAUAGCAGCUAAAUUCAUGGCUCUCAAGCAAGAGCUUCUGCAAAAUAAGGGCUGUGGGAGCAGCAACAACUCUUCUAGCUAGAGCACAAAUCUGUCAGAAUUGUAUAGCAGUAUCAGCUCCUGCAACAUUUUUGUUAUCCUUUUUGAAGGGCUCCUCAUUGAAUUUCCCCCUGUUUAUAUGUUUAUCAUCCGCCAUUGAUUAUUGUAAAUGUUCAUUUUAGGAUUUUGUUGCUUGCUAAAACUAUUUUGUAUU